GCAGAAGCCAGGCUCGCAGCCAAACGGGCGGCUCGAGCAGAAGCAAGAGAUAUACGCAUGCGAGAGCUGGAGCGACAGCAGAAAGAGUUUUCUCAGCAUUCAUAUGAUAGAAAAUGGGCUCAUAUCCAGAAAUGGAUGGAAGAUUCAGAGAGGGCCAGGUAUUCUCACCGGUCCAGUCGACAUUCAUAUUUGAGUUCUUUGGAUGUCAGUGGGUCUCACAGGAGCAGAGCAAGUGCCUCCAGAAGGAGAGAUCUUGUGUUCGACAGUGCUAAGGAUAGAUCUGCAAGAUACUUAGUCCCUGGUCAUGCUUACAGUGAAUCUCAUAGUUCAAAGAAGAAAGCUGCUUAUUCCCAUAAAGAUUUAUUGACUGGAAUUUACUAUGAUCAAAGAAAUUAUAGCAGCCUUAGAUAUAGUAAACCAGUUCCUUCCUACCAUACUCGGUCAUCUUCUCUAUACAGUGAUCCAGUGGCAACAACUAGAAGUUACAGGGUGUCUCCUUCUGUAAACACUGGUUUGAUAAGAAGUAUCAGUUUGGCAUCUUUGUGUGGCGAUGGAUUGCAUAGCUCAUAUAGUUCUCGCACUCCAUCCGAAUACAGUUAUUCUUCAAGAGCAAGCUCAGUUCGAAGUAGUCCUGUGUCCUCUGAUUUUUCUGAUCGAAGUGAAACCGCUGCUGACUAUUUCAGUCGUUCCAACCGCAGGGGAAGCAUUGUUUCCGAUGCAGAUGAUGUCCAAGGUUUGAAUAGUCUGGAAGAAAAGAAUGAAAAAUCACAUUCAGAAAUAUUUUCAAGGCCAUCAUCUCGGAAUUCAGUAAGUGCAACUCCUCUGAGUGGCAACUCAUCUAGGAGAGGAAGUGGAGACACGAGCAGUUUGGUGGAUCCUGAUGCCUCCCUCAGUGAAUUACGGGAUAUCUAUGAUCUUAAGGACCAGAUACACGAUGUAGAAGGGAGAUACAUGCAGGGACUUAAAGAACUAAAGGAUUCCCUGGCUGAAGUUGAAGAGAAGUACAAGAAGGCCAUGGUUUCCAAUGCUCAACUAGACAAUGAGAAAAACAACCUGGUUUACCAGGUGGAUACUCUAAAGGACGUCAUUGAGGAGAAAGAAGAACAAAUAGCAGAGUUCUAUAGGGAGAAUGAAGACAAGUCAAAGGAAUUGGAAAGACAGAAACACACAUGCAGUGUUCUGCAGCAUAAGCUGGAUGAACUUAAAGAGGCCCUUCGACAGAGAGAUGAAUUGAUAGAGGAGAAUCAACGUAUGCAGCAGAAUAUAGACUCCAUAACCAAAGAGAUGUUUGAUCUCCAGGAGACAAUUAAUUGGAAAGAUAAAAAAAUAGGGGCCCUAGAAAGACAGAAAGAUUACUUUGACUGCAUUAAGAAUGAGCGAGAUCAGCUCAGAGAGGAGUUGGCUGACCUGAAGGAAACAAUGACGAGAGGAGAGAAACAUGGAUUAGUUAUAAUUCCAGAUGGCACACCAAAUGGUGAUGUAAACCAUGAAUCAGUGGUUGGUGCAAUAACAGUUGUAUCACAGGAAGCUGCUCAAGUCUUGGAAUCUGCAGGAGAAGGACCACUAGAUGUGCGGCUACGAAAACUGGCUGGAGAAAAGGAGGAAUUAUUGUCCCAGGUAAAAUAA